AUGAAUAAAGCAGACAAGCGGGAAAAUACGGACAGACAGACAGGCGAAGCUAAUGACAAUCGAAGACAACCGAAGAAAACCGAAGAAGACCUAAGACAACCGAAGAAAACCGAAGACAACCUAAAACAACCGAAGACACCCGAAGAAAACCGAAGAAAACCCAAGACAACCGAAGACAUCCGAAGACAACCGAAAACAACAGAAGAAAACCGAAUAAAACCGACAACAGCCCAAGACAAUCGAAGACAACCGAAGAAAACCGAAGACAAUCGAAGACAACCGAAAACAACCGAAAACAACCGAAAACAACCGAAGACAACCGAAUACAACCGAAGAAAAUCGAAUAAAACCGAAGACAACCGAAAACAACCGAAGAAAAGCGAAGAAAACCGAAGAAAACCGAAAACAGCCCUAGACAAUCGAAGACAACCGAAGACAACCGAAGCAGCCGAAGCCAACCGAAGACAACCGAAGACAACCGAAAACAACCGAAGACAACCGAAAACAACCGAAAACAACCGAAGACAACCGAGUAAAGUUGAACACAACUAA